AUGCCAGAAUAUACGUGGGAUUCUUUGUCUACGCCCAUCGAUGAAGUUCACCUGAAUCGAUUGGUGGAUAUACUGGACAGCGCCACUCGAGUAUACAGCGACGAAGACCUGGACCGAUACGGCUCACCCCUUGUGCAAGCUCUUCUCCUCAUCUCACGAGGCGUCUCUGCUAAGCUCAAAGCACACCUCCAAGCCCUUGUUUUACCGACAAAAGAAGAUCAUGAAAGAGUGAUUGGCACGGGUGACUCAAUAUCAGCAAGACUAUUGAGGCAUUCUACUUCAGUAAGUGCAGGUCAACUGAGGCUGCUCAUCCCUUCCCUUCUCUUCGAAUUAUGCGGGAAUGACGAAAUGCAAUUUGUCCGCAAUAUUGGGUAUGGGUAUGCCUCAGGAUUCCUGCCGCUCCUUAAGACCCAGUUGGCUCUAGGUACUCCUGGCGACUUAAAGGAUCAUGCCAGUGAUUCUACGGGCCGCACGGAAGGAACUGAACAAGAAGCUGGAGCGGAAACAGGUCGGACUAUACACUGUGACAGCAGUACUACACCUGCAAUAGAAAAUGUGGUCGAGUGUGAAAUAAAUCCAGUUACUGGGCAAAGAAGAGAUAUGGAAGCUUCACAAAAUGCUCCAGAGAUGACAAUGGAGGAGAAGGAACGUGAGGCAGAAAGGCUCUUUGUUCUCUUUCAAAGAUUGCAAGAGACCGGUGUCAUCAAAGUCGAGAACCCGUUGGUCCAGGCUAUGCGUGAAGGUAGACUAGAGUAA